UUGAGAAACGUUGUAGAAGAUCCAACAUCAAAAUCAACAAAAAUUAUUUUAUUGAAGACAGAAGUAGAGAGUCUAGAAUUUGUCAAGAAGGAAGCUGUUGGUGUCGUCAAGCAUACUCUCGAACUAAACUAUGACUGUUGGAGUGUAGAUGAAAUAUUGAAGGCCAUUCUCCCUGAAGGAGAUGAAAUGCCAUCAUCAUUUACGCAAGUCGGACAUAUAGGUGAAGAGUUGGAUCAAAGCGUUGUGCAAGGCAAGCUCAAAGCAUACAAUCUCGACGGUCGUCAUUUUGUUGAAAUGGCCGUACAUGAUUUACAUGUAGCUUUGAAUUCACAGUCCAAUACAACCAACUCAUCAUCUCCUGCUGAGGGCCAAACUGUAUUCAAGACUUUUAAGCAUUUUGUGAUGAACCUUCCAGCGACGUCUAUCGAGUUUCUUGGUAACGUAUUUGGUAGAUUACGUGAAAUUACCUCGAUUUUGAUUGCAUUAACUGAAUUUUAUGUGGUUUAUGAAGAUGCAUUCAAGGGACUAUACAAAGACAAAGGAGCGCUUAUUACCAAUCCGGAUGACCAAUUACCAAUGAUACAUUGUCACUGUUUCUCUAAAAGUGAAGAACCAGAAAAGGAUAUUGUAAAGCGAGUGGUUACUGCACUUGGUUAUCCUCUUCAGCCAGGAUACAAGAUUCAUUUUGUAAGGAAAGUAGCACCAAAUAAAGACAUGUUCUGCAUAAGUUUCAAGUUGGAUACCAAUGUUGCCUUUGGAAGUGCAAAGAGGAAAAUAGACGGCUCAUAUGUUGCUGUUCAAAAUGAUGAAUAUGAUGAUAAUAAAGUCGCAGGAAUCGCAAAGAAAGUCAAAGUGGACAUUGAAUAA